UUUUUUGGUUUCUCCCCAUCCAUCUCCCACUGCCCAUAUCUUGCUUUGGGGAUAUUUGAUGUAACUUGCUGGGAGGUGAUGAGGGUCAGUGACAACCAGCAUUAAUAGAGAGCCGAAACGUUUUGGUUGUGUAUGGGCUUAUAAAACUGCUUUGAGAUCCUACAGUAUUGUCUUUAAAGAUUAGACUGUAUGUCAGUGAAUAUUUCUGUUAUGAACAGGAAGUAUUUCUGGCAUGUAAACUAGUGAUGAAAGGCCUUGAAAUGUACUGUGUUUUUUGUUUUUUUUUUUAAUUUUUAAAGUCCCCUCCCUAUUAAAUAUGUUCUAACUGAGAAGUAUUCUUUGUAAAAAUUAGAUUCAGGUUCAUGGGAAGGGGAUGAAGGGGUCAUUACCACAAAGCAUCUCAGGGAAUUAGUUGCUCUGUUGGAGGUAGUAAACCUUACUGACACCAAUCCGUCCUCAGAGUUUCUGAAUUGUUUUUCAGAUUAGAUUGUAAGCUCCCUGAGGGCAGCAACCAAGUCAUACUGCUUUUGUAUUUCUAAAGUACUGGACACAGUAGAUGCUCAAUAAAUACUUGUUAUUUAUUUUUUUCUGUAAAAUUUCUCUGGCUAUUUUUUAAAGUAGCUGGUUUUCAAAAAUGGUCAAGGGCAGGCCUAUGUUGAAACCUGUAUUUGUUCCCAUAUUAGUCCCUUGGUCUCCAAUACUUCUCACUUAUUUCCCUUAAACAUUUUUAUUUUUUAAGAAAGAGUAUUUAACAAGAUUCCUCGCCUCCACUGUGAUAACUCUGGUAUUCUACCUUGUAAAUACUGUUAUUUGUAUAUACUGUAAAUGAUGACAUCGGUGGGCACUAACCGAGCCCGGGGAAACUGGGAACAACCUCAAAACCAAAACCAGACACAGCACAAGCAGCGGCCACAGGCCACUGCGGAACAAAUUCGACUUGCACAGAUGAUUUCAGACCAUAAUGAUGCUGACUUUGAGGAAAAGGUGAAACAAUUGAUUGAUAUCACAGGCAAGAACCAGGAUGAAUGUGUCAUUGCUUUACAUGACUGCAAUGGAGAUGUCAACAGAGCCAUCAAUGUACUGCUGGAAGGAAACCCAGAUACGCAUUCCUGGGAGAUGGUCGGGAAGAAGAAGGGAGUCUCAGGACAGAAGGAUGGUGGCCAAAUGGAAUCCAACGAGGAAGGCAAAGAAAAUCGAGACCGGGACAGAGAUUAUAGUCGGCGACGUGGUGGGCCACCAAGACGCGGACGUGGUGCCAGCCGUGGACGAGAGUGUAUGCAUGGGGCUUUAACAAAACCAGCUGUGGUUCGGGGUCAGGAAAAUGGAUUAGAUGGCACCAAGAGUGGUGGGCCUUCUGGAAGAGGUACAGAAAGAGGCAGAAGAGGUCGUGGACGAGGCAGAGGUGGUUCUGGUAGGCGAGGAGGAAGGUUUUCUGCUCAAGGAAUGGGAACCUUUAACCCAGCUGAUUACGCAGAGCCAGCCAAUACUGAUGAUAACUAUGGCAAUAAUAGCGGCAGUACGUGGAACAACACUGGCCACUUUGAGCCAGAUGAUGGGACGAGACUUGAUUUCAUUGGGGUUGAGGGGUCAAAUUAUCCCCGAAAAUUUGAGACUGCUCCUGGUGCAUGGAGGACUGCAACAGAGGAGUGGGGAACUGAAGAUUGGAAUGAAGAUCUUUCUGAGACCAAGAUCUUCACUGCCUCCAAUGUCUCUUCAGUUCCUCUGCCUGCAGAGAAUGUGACAAUCACUGCUGGUCAGAGAAUUGACCUUGCUGUUCUGUUGGGGAAGACACCAUCUUCAAUGGAGAAUGAUUCAUCUAAUCUGGAUCCAUCUCAGGCUCCUUCGCUUGCCCAGCCUCUGGUGUUCAGUAACUCGAAGCAGAGUACCAUAUCACAGCCUGCUUCUGGGAACACAUUUUCUCAUCAUAGUAUGGUGAGCAUGUUAGGGAAAGGAUUUGGUGAUGUCAGUGAAGCUAAAGGUGGCAGCACCACAGGCUCCCAGUUCUUGGAGCAAUUCAAGACUGCUCAGGCCCUGGCUCAGUUGGCAGCUCAGCAUUCUCAAUCUGGAACCACCACCACCUCCUCUUGGGACAUGGGCUCCACCACACAAUCCCCAUCGCUGGUGCAGUAUGGUGAGAAAAAUGAUUUGAAGAACCCAAAUGAUUCAACAGUGCACAGCCCCUUUACAAAGCGCCAGGCUUUUACCCCAUCUUCAACCAUGAUGGAGGUGUUCCUUCAGGAGAAGCCAUCCGCAGUGGCUACCUCCACAGCUGCACCUCCACCCCCCUCUUCUCCUCUACCAAGCAAAUCCACCUCGGCUCCACAAAUGUCUCCUGGGUCUUCAGACAACCAAUCCUCUAGCCCUCAGCCGGCUCAGCAAAAACUGAAACAGCAGAAGAAAAAAGCCUCCUUGACUUCUAAGAUUCCUGCUCUGGCUGUGGAGAUGCCUGGCUCAGCAGAUAUCUCAGGGCUAAACCUACAGUUCGGGGCAUUGCAGUUUGGGUCAGAGCCUGUCCUUUCUGAUUAUGAGUCCACUCCCACCACGAGCGCCUCUUCAAGCCAGGCUCCCAGUAGCCUCUAUACCAGCACGGCCAGUGAAUCUUCAUCCACAAUUUCAUCUAACCAGAGUCAGGAGUCCGGUUAUCAGAGUGGCCCAAUUCAGUCGACAACCUAUACCUCCCAAAACAAUGCUCAGGGCCCUCUAUAUGAACAGAGAUCCACACAGACUCGGCGGUACCCCAGCUCCAUCUCUUCAUCACCCCAAAAGGACCUGACUCAGGCAAAGAAUGGAUUCAGUUCUGUGCAGGCCACGCAGUUACAGACCACGCAAUCUGUUGAAGGUGCUACAGGCUCUGCAGUGAAAUCUGACUCACCUUCCACUUCUAGUAUCCCCCCUCUCAGUGAAACGGUAUCUGCAGCUUCUUUAUUGACUACAACCAAUCAGCACUCAUCCUCCUUGGGUGGCUUGAGCCACAGUGAGGAGAUUCCAAAUACUACUACCACACAACACAGCAGCACGUUAUCUACUCAGCAGAAUACCCUCUCAUCAUCAACAUCUUCUGGGCGCACUUCGACAUCCACUCUUUUGCACACAAGUGUGGAGAGUGAGGUGAAUCUUCAUUCUUCCUCAAGCACUUUCUCCACCUCGUCCAGCACAGUCUCUGCACCUCCGCCAGUGGUCAAUGUCUCCUCCAGUCUCAAUAGUGGCAGUAGCCUGGGCCUUAGCCUAGGCAGCAACUCCACUGUCACAGCCUCGACUCGAAGCUCAGUUGCUACAACUUCAGGAAAAGCUCCUCCUAAUCUUCCUCCUGGGGUCCCGCCAUUGUUGCCUAAUCCGUAUAUUAUGGCUCCAGGGCUGUUACAUGCCUACCCGCCACAAGUAUAUGGUUAUGAUGACUUGCAGAUGCUUCAGACAAGAUUUCCAUUGGAUUACUACAGCAUCCCAUUUCCCACACCCACCACGCCGCUGACUGGGAGGGAUGGUAGCCUGGCCAGCAACCCUUAUUCUGGUGACCUCACAAAAUUCGGCCGUGGGGAUGCCUCCUCCCCAGCCCCGGCCACUACCUUGGCCCAACCCCAACAGAACCAGACGCAGACUCACCACACCACGCAGCAGACAUUCCUGAACCCGGCGCUGCCUCCUGGCUACAGUUACACCAGCCUGCCAUACUACACAGGGGUUCCGGGCCUCCCCAGCACCUUCCAGUAUGGGCCUGCUGUGUUCCCUGUGGCUCCUACCUCUUCCAAGCAGCAUGGUGUGAAUGUCAGUGUGAAUGCAUCGGCCACCCCUUUCCAACAGCCAAGUGGAUAUGGGUCUCAUGGAUACAACACUGGAAGAAAAUAUCCACCCCCUUACAAGCAUUUCUGGACGGCAGAGAGCUAAUUUGGCCCAAGGCUGGGGGCUAUGUUUUGUGUGUGUGUAUAAAUUUGCACUGAAGUCUUGUUUCAGAAACCAGACCACUGAGGAGAGCCUGCUGAGCUGAGGCCAUGGCCUGCGUGGCUUGGGGAAAUGAGUUGGUGGAUACCUUCUGGGCUUUUGAACUUGCCCUACCCCCAUUUCCCUCUCCCCCAUGUGUCUGACCCUGUCUUACCCAUUUCGAGUUCAAGCGGUGCAGCACCUCCGAAGCAUCAAUGCACACACCUGCUGUUGCUUUUGUUUUCUGGAAGGCAUGUAGUUCCAACUUGUAACAAAAAUAUUUGUAGUCUUCAAUAAACUGUGGUAUUUCUUUAGCUAACUCUGGCGUUCUUUCCAUGCGUGUCUUUCUGGACACUAGGAUCCAUUGUUGUGCAGUGGAUGACGGGUGGAGGGUGGCCUUUUCAAUCAAACUCCAGCAUAGCUGAAGAACUGGUAACUUUUCAGUAUGGUGAUUUUAUGAAAGUGGGGAGGGGAAAUAGUCUCAGUUUCCAACCUGUUGAUUGGUUGGUAAAGAAAGCUAUUUGUAGAAAAUCCCUGAUUCUCCGUGUUUAUUGUAGCUCUUCAUUUUCCAUUUAGAUCUUCCCCUUGCCUCUGACAUAAGCAAGGGGGAAAGGAAAGAAAGUUUAGUGUUAUGUCAUGGUGAAAAAGUAGAAGAGAUGGUGUUAAGAGCUGUUGUUGGGGAAGUAUCUUCAAGGCUUAAUUCCACAUUUGGUUCCCUAAGGCCAAGUGGCUGGUUGAGAUCUGAUAAAGUCUUGAGGACCAGCUAGUUGAUGACUCCGACCGUGGAAACUGCUAGCCUGGAACAUUGUUCUUAGUCCCUUCAGGGAUUGUGGAUUAUUAGUCGUUUUGCACUUGGUGUAGCUAAGGAUGUGUGGGAGAGGUUUGGUCAGACAUCUCCUUGACUGGAAAUUUUCAUCCCCACUCAAUCCAACUAUUACACCACCAGCCCUUUGUUUACAGAAUUAACUUGCACAGCAAGAACACCAUUUUUGGUUAAUUGGGAACCCAGGUAUUCUACUUUGUUUUUUCCCUAGCCCUCUGGAGUAAUUUUGUCCUGAGGGUGUGACCAACUUUCUCCUCCCUACUGUCCACAUGGUGUUAGUAUGAUCAUCACUGUUUGGGAGGGGGGGGAUUUUGACUCUUGGAAGGAAAGCAAGAAAACUAGUCUGAGGAGCUUUCUAAUAACUGGUAAUGGGUAGGUAGGGAAACCAAUACCCAUUAUUUUUUAGUGACUAAUGCUUACACUAAGGCUAUUAUGGCUACUACAUAGAGAAUUCUCUUUUUCCCCUGCAUUUCCAGUCCCUUUAGCCAAUAUCCAAGUUAAGGCCUCUGGAUAUAAGCUGGUUUUUAGCUAGUCCAGCCUCUGAAAGAAUUAGACCAGGUAGGGCACGUUGAAACUAAAUUGCUCCUUACCACCCAGCUUGAGAGUCAAGUUAGCCAUUUCUCCUAUUUGUGUGGGAUGACUAAGGGUAUCAUAAAGAUCAGUCAUGAUCUAGUUUCCCUAAAAAAUGUUCUAUUUACCCUAUUCUCAAACCUUCCAUAUAAACCUCAUCAGCUUAGCCUUUUCCACAAAUGAGCUUGUUUUUCAAAUUAGGCCUGUUAUCAGUGAUUUGCCAGAUGGGCACCUGGGGUUUGAAAAGAAGGGGAAAAAAUACUUUUAUCAGCCCGUAUAUUGUCCCUGUCUUUUACUUCAGUGCAUUGAAAGUAUAGAGUUGAUACUUUGGACAUGGGGAAGUAUUUUCUCAUGCUUGCUUUCUGUAGUUCUGUUCUUUUUCCUAGUUGGUGUUUGCUCCUUCCUGGAACUAUCUGGACUUGUGAUGUGGGAGGGGUUUCCAGGUUAAGAUGCCACUACUAUUGGGAAGAUUCUAAAGUGGCUGUCUAAGGUGGGCUUAACUUUUGACAGCUGCCUUUGUCCUAGGAAUUGGGAGGAUUUGGGUUCUGGAGUUAGAAGGGGAAUUGCUGCCGAAUUCUGGGUGAAUAGAGGAUUCCU